AUGCAAGAUAGAAAGUCUGGUCAUGCUGGUGACACUGGGACCAAAAAUUCUGGUCCAGCAGCAGCAGGAGCUGCCACACACAGGUCUGUGAAUCUUCUCAAUGCAUGCAAACUGAAAAAGCCUACUCUAAGCACGGUGAAGAGAACCAGUUCAGCCGAGCGUGUGUCCCCGGGCGGCCGGAGGGAAAGCUAUGGAGAUUCCAAAGGGAGUCGCAACCGCACUGGAUCCACCAGCAGUUCCUCUAGUGGUAAAAAGAACAGUGAAAGCAAACCCAAGGAACCAAUGUUCAGUGCAGAGGAAGGAUACGUAAAAAUGUUUCUUCGUGGACGUCCUGUUACCAUGUACAUGCCCAAAGAGCAAGUGGAAUCUUACAAUUUGGAAGCAAAAGUAGAACUACCAGCCAAGAGGCUUAAACUGGAAUGGGUCUAUGGCUAUAGGGGCCGGGACUGUCGCAGUAAUCUCUAUCUUCUUCCAACGGGCGAGACCGUGUAUUUCAUUGCCUCGGUAGUUGUGUUGUUCAAUGUUGAGGAGCAGCUCCAGAGACAUUACACUGGUCAUAAUGAUGAUGUGAAGUGCCUGGCUGUCCAUCCUGAUAGGAUCACGAUAGCAACAGGUCAAGUGGCAGGGACAUCCAAAGAUGGAAAACAAUUGCCACCACACGUCCGUGUCUGGGAUUCUGUGACUCUGAACACACUACAUGUCAUUGGAAUGGGUUUUUUUGACAGAGCUGUUACUUGCAUUGCUUUUUCCAAAUCUAAUGGAGGAAGUAGCCUGUGCUCCGUGGAUGACUCAAACGAUCAUGUGCUUUCUGUGUGGGACUGGCAGAAAGAAGAAAAACUGGCAGAUGUCAAGUGCUCUAAUGAGGCUGUAUUUGCUGCAGAUUUCCACCCUACUGAUACAAAUAUAAUAGUUACUUGUGGAAAAUCCCACCUUUACUUUUGGACACUAGAAGGGAAUUCCCUUAUUAAAAAGCAAGGAUUAUUUGAGAAACAAGAGAAGCCAAAGUUUGUCCUGUGUGUGACCUUUUCUGAAAAUGGUGAUACUAUUACAGGAGACUCAAGUGGAAACAUUUUGGUUUGGGGAAAAGGUACCAACAGAAUCAGCCACGCAGUUCAGGGGGCACACGAGGGUGGGAUAUUUGCGCUGUGUAUGCUGCGGGAUGGCACAUUGGUGUCAGGAGGUGGCAAAGACCGGAGGCUGAUAUCCUGGAAUGGAAAUUACCAAAAACUGCACAAAACUGAG